CGAGCCUCCUGCAGGGGGAGAGAAGGGAGGGAGAGCAAGGGCUGAGCUAAACAACAGCCUGCUCCGUGUGGUCUCAGGUGCUCUGAAUUUCAGACUUUUUGUAGUCUCGUGGUAUUUCCUGCUCCAUUCCCCCCCUCAUUUCUCCUGCAGCUCAUCUGGGCUGUGGUGGUGCCACAUCUUCUCCCCCUGCUCAGAGCCUGGGACAAGGCAGGCUCAUGUUCAUCUUGCCACCACUUUGCAGAAUUUUGGGAGUGCUGGUGGACAACAGCUGGAGCUGCACCUGCAGUGUGCUCAUACCUCCAAGAGCUCAGGGGCCUGGCUGCAUGAAACACAAGCUACUGAUACCUGCAGGGCCAAACUUGCAAACAUCUUUGGCUUGGGGCCUCUGUGGGUGCUGCAGAGGGGAGGGAGUGGCUGUCCCUCCAUGGUGAUGAGGUGGCACUGGCAGGGCUGAGCAGGAGGCACAUGAGAGGAGCCUGCUGCCCUCAGUGCUGAGGACAGCCUGUGGCCGUGUGACACAGUGUCCCAGGUGUCACAGGCAGGAGUGGCUUCAUGCCCACUGAGCUGGUGGCUGUAACGGCUUCUGUCCUUCCGCAGCAGCUGUGCUGCAGCCACCUCUGCCCUGCCCUGGGGACACACCUCAGCAGCCACCUCUGCCCUGCCCGGGGGACACACCUCAGCAGCCACCCCUGCCCUGCCCUGGGGACACACCUCAGCAGCCACCCCUGCCCUGCCCUGGGGACACACCUCAGCAGCCACCUCUGCCCUGCCCGGGGGACACACCUCAGCAGCCACCUCUGCCCUGCCCGGGGGACACACCUCAGCAGCCACCACCACGGCUGCCCCUGGACGCUGCUCCAUGGCUGCUGCAAGCUGUGCUGAGACCCUGCCAAGGCAUUCCUGUCCCAGUGAUGGAGCUGCACAAAGGGAGCACCACCUUUCCUGAUGUUGCUUCUGUGACAGGACAGCUGCCUGCCAUCUUCUGUUCUUCUUGGUGGCCCCCAGUGUUGGCAUGGUGUGGCUCAGGCUCCUGGCCUCCUGCAUGCCUGGGAAACCUCUCUGCUCCUCCCAUCAGCAAAGAGAGAUGAUCAGUGAUGCCACCCCAGUGCCCAGGGUAUGGGUUGGUGGGAUGGGCUGUGGCUGUGUUGGUGCAGCUGAAGGAAAUGGGCUGGGGUGAAGGUGGGUGGCUCCCAGCCUGUCCCUGAAGCCCAGCUGCAGCAGAGUGAGCAGCCCUGGGGAGCUGAGUCCCUGAGCCCCCUGUGUCAUUUACAUACACUCCACCAGUGCUGAGGCACAGCACCCAGGGUUUGUGCAGCACCCCAGAGCCUCUGAAACAGCCUCCUUCCCUCUGCCUCCUGCCAUGGCCCUGGGCUUCACACUCCUGCUCCUGGUGGGGAUGCUGGGCACAGCUUCCAGGGCUCAGCCCGUGCUGACCCAGCCCCAGUCCGUGUCCGUGCUGCCCGGGCAGAGCGCUCGGCUGCCGUGCACCCUGAGCCCCCCGUACAACAUCAGCCACUUCGGCAUCUCCUGGUACCGGCAGCGCCCGGGCCGCUCCCUCAGCUACCUGCUCUAUUACAACUCCGAGCGAGACAAGCACAAGGCUGCCAGGACUCCCGACCGCUUCUCGGCCACCAAAGACCUGGCCAGCAACGCCUGCAUCCUCACCAUCGCCUCUGCCUGCCAGGACGACAACGGCACCUACUACUGCUCCCUGGCACCUGCCUUCACCUGGCUCUGAGACGGGGGACUGGAGCUUUGGGCGCUUUCUUUGGCAGCAGGGCGAGCAGCAGCCCUGGGCGGGUGGAGAAAAUCCAUCUCUGCGUGCUUGGGCAGCGCUGCCUUGUGCUGGGAAGUGCAGCACCCUCUGUCCCCAGGCAUUUGUCCCCUCCAUGGGGCACUAGAGAGGGCUCGGCCGGCACCUGGCACGGGGCGGCCUAGACCUGGCUGGGGCUCCUGCACAGCUUGGCUCACCCGGUAAUAAAUAAACCUUCACCCCGCGGCUCGUGUCGUGUGUACCUGGGCGGGGGGGCUGUGACCCUGGGGCAGCCCCGGUGGCCCCGCACCGCUCCCGCGGGCUCAGGGCCAGCCGUACCGGGCAGACGGAGCGAGGGAGGCUCGUCCCACAGAACCCCCUCAGAACCGCCGCUGUGGCCGCACUGCGCAUGCGCAGCUCGGCGCGCGCAGCAGCCGUUAGGAGCCAACGGCGAGGGUUGAUGUCACGUGAGGGGCACCCCGCGCUACCAUUGGCUCGGGGGGAGGCAAAACCCGUGCGUCACUUCCGGGUUCCCUCAGUGCGC